AAAAAAACCGUUAUGUAAGCAAACGGCUUAGAGAAGACAAGCAACACAGGAGCGAUUAUAUUUAUUUUCAUAAUGAUUUGAAACGUCAGUGAGGUAUGGUGUAAUUCCGGCUUGAAGAUGAAAGUGAGAUAACUAAUGUGUAUCUGUUGUUAACAUAAGAAAUGGAGAAGCAGCCGCGUCUGUUGUGUUCUGUGCUUUCUGUUCAGCGCAGACCUUAUGAGAUCAUAUUAAACUGCGCGAUUCUCGCGUGGAAAGAGACACAAACCGCCAAAAAACACACCGGACGCGCUAUAUAUGGAGCUGUCAAAGCUGGUAGUCAUUGUGUUCCAAUGUGCGAGAUCAUAGCUGUUCAGGAAAAAGAUGAUGAGUCUCCUAAUGAAAACACUGGGAAAUGGCAGAAGGUUCCUCAGAGUCCAGUGGACUCCUGCCAGCACGCUUUCACAGUUUCAUAUGUGGAGAGGACAAGGCAGCACUGCUGGCAGUGCAGCGAAGUGACCUUUCACUGCCCUGAACUGGCACUGUGUUUGCUGUGGGUACAAACUAUCAGAGAACAGCUAGCAUUGUUAACCAAUCGACCAAAGCACUUGCUGGUGUACAUCAACCCCUACGGAGGAAAACAACGUGGGAAACAGAUUUAUGAUCACAAAGUGGCCCCCAUCUUUUCCCAGGCUUCUAUAUCAACUGAUGUGAUUGUUACAGAGCACGCAAAUCAUGCCAGGGACCACUUGAAGACAGAGGCUGAUCUGAAGAAGUAUGAUGGUGUGGUUUGUGUCGGUGGAGAUGGCAUGUUCAGUGAGAUUGUGCAUGGCCUUGUCUCCCGUACACAGAGGGACGAAGGUGUGAACGAGAACUCAAUGAAGGACACCCUUCUUCCAUGUAGACUUCGCAUCGGAAUCAUUCCUGCAGGUUCCACUGAUUGUAUAUGCUAUGCCACGGUGGGCUCCAAUGACCCUGUCACCUCAGCACUGCACGUCGUUGUUGGUGAUUCUCAGUCGAUGGACGUCUGUUCUGUGCACGACAACGAUACCUUUCUACGUUACACUGUGUCACUGCUGGGCUAUGGUUUCUACGGGGAUGUACUGACAGACAGCGAGAGAAAGCGCUGGAUGGGGCCUGCCCGCUACAAUAUCUCAGGUGUAAAAACAUUUCUGUCGCAUCGCUAAUACGAGGGAACUGUGUCCUUUUUACCUGCUGAAGGAAAUUCGGGAACACCCAGAGACAAAUUCCAGUGUCGAUCUGGGUGUAAUAUCUGUCGGGGAUCCUCAUCUGACAAACUGGUCAGCAAAGAUGAAAACAAUCUUCCUGAUGCUGCGCGCCAGGAUGAAUGGAUCGUAAUCAGGGGGAAGUUCUUGGCCAUCAAUGCUGCCAGCAUGAGCUGCGCUUGUCCUCGCAGUCCUAAAGGCCUGUCGCCGGCAGCACACCUCGCAGACGGAACCACUGACCUCAUCCUUGUGAGAAAAUGCUCACGCCUAGACUUCCUGCACCAUCUUCUGCGCCACACAAAUAAAGGCGACCAGUUUGAUCACUCUUUCGUGGAGGUGUACCGGGUCAGACAGUUCCACUUCACACCCAGAUAUCAGGAGUGCGACUCAGAGGUGGAUCUGAGAGAGAGUGGUGUGGGAAGCAAGCAAUUUCUCAGUCAGAUCUGUAGGGAACAUAGAGCUUGCGGUUGCAUCCAAGCCCAGAGCAACUGGAACUGUGAUGGAGAAAUCCUUCCCCACUCUGCCAUUCAAGUCAGGGUCCAUUGUCAGCUGAUUACGCUGUUUGCGAGAGGCAUCGAAGAACAUUCUGUGUUUGAAGACCCGUACGCUCUCUGUGCAAUAAAGACGUCACCCGAGAAAAUUCCUGCUGCACCGUGAAGAAUCGAAACUAAAACUCUUUAAACCAAAGAGUUCUUUUCAGCCGAGCCUAAUGUCACGCUGUUUCUAAUGCUGUUAUAGUCAGAUACUCCACAUAAAGACAUCUUCAGCUAAGGAAACACGCAGAGCUGGAGAGAAUAGCAUCUUUAUGGUGUCUUCAUGCAGGCUGUAAAGCUUUAUUAGAUCUGGAUAACAUAGAUAUAGCUGUUUCCUCUUGGCAUUACUUUUUUCCGAAGAAGUUGCUGGUUAUUUUUCUUGCUGUGUAUGAGAGCUUCUUGUUGGAGUUGUCAGCAUUUGUCUUCCAUAGAUCAAGCUAGUCUUGAGAGUAGCGUUAGUUCAAUCCCAAAGUUUCAUCCUUGAAACUGGAAACACAUUCCUUCUUGUAGCACCUUUUAUUUUGCUUUCUAGAGCAGACAGACCAAAUUAACUUGAUGUUCUUUUUGCAAAACAGUUUUGUUAAAGCAUGAAGUAGCAUUCGUCAUGUAGCCUACUUCGAAUCACAUUUCUCCACGGUCUGUAACAGCCUGCUUUAUGAACAUAUAUUUACUAUUACUAUAGAUAGGGCGCUUCCGACCAAUGCCUAUGUAUCCAUUUUCAAAAGACAAAGAUUGCGUGAUAUAUUGUAAUAUAUUUUUACUGGGUCUUUAAAUGGUCAGUUUUAGUUCCUAGACAUUUCAAGCAUCUGAAUGUACUGUAGCAUUAGUGAGCCAAACUACAAACAUUGAGAGCAACGCAAUGUCACUGCAGGGUCAGUGUGUCUGUACGGCUGGUUUUAGCCAUCAAACAGAAUGUAAAUGAAAAUACUGUAGCGUUUGCCUUCCUGGGUUAUGGCCUCCGGGAAUCUUUUAUCCCUUUGUAAUGAAUUUGUGUUUGCCACCAAUGCUGAUGUCUUAUUUCUUCUGAAGGUUCUUAUUGUUCUCAGUACUAUCAGAGGAGGAAAGAGUUUAUGAUAGACAGUGAAAAGCAAAAAGAAAUGGCUUUUUACUGUUUUGCAUGUCAGCUGCUUUAUUUUUCCCUUUUUUAAGUGUUUCCCUGAGCUUUAACCUUGAGGGCAUGGAUUUCCAAUGGUCCAUCUGUAGAAUACAAAGUUUGUAUAGCCACUGUGCAAGCAACGCACUGAUCACAUCCUUCAUUGACUAGAAGAAAGAGUUAUGCCAUGUCAAAGAAGUGUACUGGUCAUAUUUCACACAAAUGUGGCUUGUUAUCCUUGUGUGAUCAGUAUUUGUCGUGUAUCAGCCUUGUGUAUAAACUUGUGUAUUUGACUUUAAAAGCUCUUUUGCCGCACACUUUAGAGCUAAGCAAACCUAAUACAUGCCGUGUUUGUACUGUGACACCAGCAUUCCUGUGUAUCCAAAGAUAUUCCCAACCCAUUUGAAUCACUUGAACAUAGCCUGGCAGCUGCUGGUCAUUUAUGGCUACAUCAUUGACCACAGUGGUUAUGUGGAUACUUUGCAUGUUUUAAUGGUUUUUGUCAAUUUGUUCAUCUUUGUGCUGAGUGUUUUCAGUAAAGUGUCACUCUAUGCUGGCACAUAGUUUCUUAAA